CCUUGUCGCCGCGCCCGCAUCCCGGAUCCUUUGCCGCAGCGUCAACGCCGCUUCCACCUCCUCUUUUCCUCCUCCUCCUCCUCCUCCUGCUCCUGCUCCUCCUCGGCCUCCACCUCCUCUUCCUCCUCCGCCGCUUCAGCCGACGCGGCGCCGGGAGCCCGCGCCCAGCCCCGGGCCUCGCGGUGCCAUGCUGCCCCGGCGGCGGCGCUGAAGGAUGGCGACGCCCGUCCCUCCGCCUUCCCCGCGGCACCUGCGGCUGUGGCGGCUGCUGCUCUCCGGCCUAGUCCUCGGAGUCGCCCUGCGCGGUGCCGCUGCCGGCCGCCCGGACGCAGCCGCCUGCCCCGGGAGCCUGGACUGUGCCCUGCAGAGGCGGGCACGGUGCCCCCCGGGCGCCCACGUCUGUGGGCCCUGCCUUCAGCCCUUCCGGGAGGACCAGCGGGGGCUCUGUGUGCCCAGGGCUCGCCCGCCUCCGGAGGAGAGUCCACCCCAGCCCAGACUGGAAGAUGAGAUUGACCUCCUGGCCCAGGAGCUAGCCCGGCAGGAGGCAGGCCGCUGGAAGCUCGCGGCCUUACCCCAGCCUGAGGCGCCCCACCGGCUCCUGGAGGCUGCCGCCACCCUGGGGCUCUCCGGCCGAGGCCAGGGCCCCGACCUGGGCCUCCCCUCCACUCGGGGAGCCCCUGCGCCCACGGCCCACACCUCCCUGGGUUCUCCUGUGUCGUCCGGGCCUGUGCACAUGUCCCCCCUGGACCCCCGGGACGGACGCGGGGACGGCUUCGCCCUCGUGCUCAUCGUGGCGUGCUCCGUGGCCGGCGCAGCGGCCCUCGCGGUGGCUGCUCUCUGCUGGUGCAGGCUGCAGCGGGACAUGCGCCUGACCCAGAAGGCCGACUACGCGGCCCCACAGGCGCCAGGCUCCCCCGCGACGCCCAAGAUCUCGCCCGGGGACCAGCGGCUGGCGCACAGCGCGGAGGUGUACCACUACCAGCACCAGCGGCAGCAAAUGCGGUGCCUGGAGCGGCAUAAAGAGCCCCCCAAGGAGCUGGACUCGGCCUCCUCGGACGAGGAGAACGAAGAUGGCGACUUCACGGUGUACGAGUGCCCGGGCCUGGCCCCGACCGGCGAGAUGGAGGUGCGGAACCCGCUGUUCGACCACUCCUCGCUGUCGGCGCCCCUGCCGCCCCUGCCGCCCCCGCCGCAGUGACAGGAAGAUGGACGCCCCCUCUCUCGGGGACCAACGGGUCCGCGGGUGGGGGGCCGAGGACCCGCGUUUCCCAAUAAAGAAACCGCGUUCUGA